AUGUCGCUGGAAGAUGCGAAUGGAAAAGUGUCGGCAAAGAAUUAUCUCUACCUCACAUCGCUGAUAUCGGGCGGAAUGGCUGGUUUGGUGGUAGAUGUUAUGCUGUUUCCAAUCGACACAAUAAAAACCCGGCUACAAAGUGAGAAACGAUUCUGGCGAGCCGGUGGAUUCCGUGGCAUUUACAAUGGAUUGAGUCCAGCUGCAGCGGGUUCAGUGCCGUCGGCUGCCUUAUUCUUCUGUACAUACGAAAGCAUGAAAAAACUCUUGGCACCAUACGCACACGGCCAACAAACGCAUUUUGUGCACAUGUCAUCGGCAGCAAUAGCCGAAGUGGUGGCAUGUUUAGUUCGUGUUCCCGUCGAAAUCGCGAAGCAACGUCGUCAAGUGCAAAGCACACAGUACAGACAUGUUUCUGCAUCAAAAAUUUUAGUUCAAGCCUAUCAGACGGAAGGUAUUUUCCGUGGACUGUAUCGAGGCUUCGGAGCGACAAUUCUUCGUGAAAUUCCAUUCUCAUUCAUCCAGUAUCCACUGUGGGAGUACCUAAAAUUGCAUUGGACUAGCGUUACACAUUUACCAUUGACUUUUGUAUCGGUUGCGGUUUGUGGAGCGAUUGCCGGCGGAAUUGCAGCCGGUGUUACCACUCCGUUGGAUGUAGUCAAAACACGAAUUAUGUUGGCCACACGAAAUGGUGAGAAACGAAAAGGUGUUCACAGCAUUCUGCAUGGUAUCUACAAGGAAAAUGGCAUAAAAGGUGUUUUUGCUGGCUUCAUACCACGAGUUAUGUGGAUCACCAUCGGUGGUGCCAUAUUUUUCGGCAGUUACGACUUAACCACCAAAAUUGUCACAAAACAUCUGUUUUAAUGCAAAGCAAAGCAAACCUAUUCAAUCCUCUUUCUUAUGUUGUUGAUGAUAUUAGUGAGUUUUAGUGAUCUUUUAGACUAUUGAAUGUAAUUAUCCAUAGAUGGAAUAUGUAAAUAAAACAAAUAAUUGCAUUAUGACAUA